AUGAAUGAGUUUAAUAAUUCUUUUCUGUAAAUUUUCAGCUUUUUUGUUACCUACUUGUAUAAAAUGAUCUGAAACAUAGAGGACCUCAAAACCAUGGUCCUGUCUGUGAUAACACGAACUGCUUCUCUAAUAGGCCUGCUGACUAGUAUAUAUGGGUAUAGUUUAUCCUACAAUCUACAACCAAUCUAUUCACAACUCUAUAGAGGAAUACCGGGUCAGAGCCAAAUUUACAAUAAUAAUAAUAAUAUAAAGUAUUAUCCCAGUCACCCUAAUUUCAACAGGUCUCAUGUAUCUCCUGUACCAACUAGAAGAAGUGGAAACACUGUAAUUUUCCCAUCUUAUCUUUCAUCCAGCUAUAUUCAAUCCAGUCCCUCCUCUAACCAUUACCAACCUUACUUAUCUUCUUUAAAUCCUUCAUCAAACCAGAUUCAAUCCUUUUCAAGUUCAUCUAAUCCUUCAGUCUAUUCCAGUUCAUCUAAUCCUUCAGUCUAUUCCAGUUCAUCUAAUCCUUCAGUCUAUUCCAGUUCAUAUAAUCCUUCAUCUAAUCCCAGACCUAAUGCUCCUACCUCUAGUCAUAUUCAAUCCUACUCCAAUUCCUCUUCUCUGUCCUACAACCAAAUCCAAUCCUACAACAGCAAAUCUGUCACUUCUCCCUCCCUCUACUCCAACCCUAACUCCAGUCUACUCCAGAAGCAUCAAUACUCCUCUCCCCUGGUUCAACCUACACCUGGAGAACCUGCGUCCCCGAACCUUGAACCUUCAUUCUCCCCCUCUCCUGCUAGAAACGGUGAACCUAUCAAUGCAAAAACUAGUCUAUCAACCUCAAAACUAGGUUCUCUAAUCCUAAACGAAACUGAAAUUGAUGAAUUUAGUGAAACUUUAGACGAGCUGGCUGACAGCCGGGAUCAGAUCAAAAAUAUCUUCGGUCGGAGAAAUAAUAAAUUGUUAAAAACCAUCUCGGAACAGGAUGAAUUGAAACAUAAUGAACUAGACGAACUAAAUGAUCUUGAAACCGAGUUCGGUGAAAAUGAGGAGGAUAAUGAUGACUUGAAUGACAAGAUCAUUGAUCAAGAACCUGGAGAUAACGAAGAUGACCCCGAGACCAUAAACGAUCUAAUAGAGGGAGAUAUAGCGAUGCCUUCGGGAAAUUCCCGACUAUCAAUCAACUUUGAGAUCUCUCCCGCUAAAAAGUGGCCGAAUAAUACCAUACCCUACCUUAUCAGUUCAGUACACUCUGCCAGCGAAAUACGAGUUAUUGAGAGUGCGAUGCAAACUAUAGCAUUUGUUAGUUGUAUCAGAUUUCGGGUUUGGGAUGGAAAAGAGAAGGAUUAUCUAUUCUUCCAUCCUGAUAAGAAAAUGCUCGGUCUUAAGUCAUUGAUUUUGAUCCAUUUUGAGGUUUCACUUGAGCAACCGAAAAAGAAUUCCUGUUCAUGUUUCUGCUCUGCAGGAAGAGCUUUACACGAAAUAAUGCACACUCUCGGGUUCUACCAUGAACACUCCAGAUCAGACAGAGAUAAUUAUAUCAAAAUCAUUUCCAAUAAUGUUCGGAAAGGGAAACUAGCUAAUUUUGUAACCAAGACUGAUGACGAUACAACUAGAAAUUUUGAAUAUGAUUAUGAAUCAAUAAUGCACUAUGGUCCAUACUUCUUCAGUAAAAACAAGCAAGGACGAGUAGCGACAAUUAUACCAAUCAAGAAAGGAGUAAAUAUAGGUCAAAGAGAAAUGUUAAGUAGGGUUGACUGUAUGAAGGUGAAUUCAUUAUACAACUGCUUAUCCGAGGAAGACUCCCUGAAAAACAAGAAAAUUCAAAUAUUGUGUGCCAUGGUCGGAUUCUAGAUAAUAUUCAAUAUAUUUAUUUGUAAAUAAAGCUAUGAAUUUUGUUUCUUAAAAUGAUAGAAUCUAAC